GGCAGGGACACCUUCCCCUAGACCAGGUUGCUCCAAGCCCUGUCCAACCUGACCUUGAAUACUUCUGGUUUUGACCAGAGUUUUGGUGUCCCACUAGCAAAACCAAUCACAAGGUUAAAGAGCCUUAAAUAAGGAUUUUGUGAUAGUGCUUCAGUGGGUAGUAUUUUCACACGGAAGAGAUCUUUCAAGCUGUAACUGUCUGUUUUCUUCCAUGUUUCUUUAGACUCUGCUCACUGUUGGAAGAUGGGAGAGAUAGAAGGAACAUACAGAGUUCUGCAGACGCCGGGCUCUCGUUUGGGUGCCCAGAAGACCGCAGGAGUGAGCACCCUGGAGUCAGGACAGAACCUCUCCGCUGCCAUGGCAUCGUCGCCUGCCAGAGCGCACGAGCGCGACCUCCCCGUCAGAAUCAGGAUGUUGGACAACACGGUGGAAGUACUUGACAUCGAGUCAAAAUGCUACGGCCAGACAUUACUGACAGAAGUUUACAAGCAUCUGAAUUUGAUUGAAUCAGACUACUUUGGAAUUGAGUUCCAGAACAUCCAGUCAUAUUGGAUUUGGCUGGAGCCUAUGAAACCUGUUAUUAAGCAAGUACGGAGACCAAAGACUACAAUGCUUCGUUUAGCUGUGAAGUUUUUCCCUCCAGACCCGGGUCAGUUGCAAGAGGAAUAUACCAGGUACCUGUUUGCAUUGCAAAUCAAGAGAGACCUGGCAGAGGAACGACUGACCUGCAGCGACAACACGGCAGCUCUGCUGGUCUCCCACCUUCUGCAGUCUGAAAUAGGGGAUUUCGAUGAAUCGGAGGAUCGAGAACACCUUAAAACAAACCAGUAUUUGCCAAACCAGGAAAGGAUUGAAGGAAAGAUCCUGGAGUUCCACAGGAAGCACGUGGGUCAAACUCCAGCUGAAUCUGACUUUCAAGUGCUCGAAAUUGCCCGGAAACUGGAGAUGUAUGGCAUCAGAUUCCACCUCGCCUCCGACCGUGAGGGCACCAAAAUCAACCUGGCAGUCUCACACAUGGGUGUGCUGGUGUUCCAGGGUAACACGAAAAUCAAUACCUUCAACUGGUCCAAAGUCCGUAAACUGAGCUUCAAGAGGAAAAGAUUCCUUAUUAAGCUCCACCCAGAGGGCCCGUAUCAAGAUACGUUGGAGUUUCUUUUGGGAAGUAGGGAUGAGUGUAAAAACUUCUGGAAAAUCUGUGUAGAGUAUCACACGUUCUUUAGGCUAUUUGAUCAGCCAAAGCCAAAGGCUAAAGCAGUGUUCUUCACCAGAGGGUCAUCGUUCAGAUACAGUGGACGAACACAGAAGCAACUAGUGGAUUAUAUUAAGGACAGUGGGAUGAAGAGAACCCCAUAUGAAAGGAGGCACAGCAAGGUCAGAGCAUCCACUCGCGCCUCCAACACAGAUGUGCCAAAGCAGAGUGUCCCAUUCACUGAGGGCUUGAGAACCCCAGGGUCUCCUGCCUCGACAGCUGCUCCCUUUUCUUCAGUUCGCUCCUCGGCCAGUCCUGCUCCUGUCCUGCCCAUCUUUGCUGAAUCCAGCCCUUCCUCCUUGGACCCCCGAGCACCGUACACAAGGAUUCCAGACAAAACCACUGCAGCACCAGCAGAAGAAGCGGGGAGGAAUCUGAUGCAGCAACCCGGAUCUCCCAUGCUCCAAGGCCUCCCCGUGGACCAUCCCGAGCUCUCCUCCCUUGUGCUGAAGAGUCCCCUGGGCUUGACCCCGGCCUUUCAGGUGAACUUGAACGCAGCUGCCCAGGGGUCAUCCCCUCUGCUGAGUCCUGUCCUCAGCGACGCUGGCGGGGCCAGGAUAGAAGAGGAUGAUGAAAUGAAACGAAAGCGCUACCCCUCCGACAAGGCCUACUUCAUAGCAAAGGAGAUUCUUGCCACAGAACGGACCUAUUUAAAGGACCUGGAAGUUAUCACAGUGUGGUUCCGCAGCGCGGUCAUCAAGGAGAAUGCCAUGCCAGAGGGCCUGAUGACACUGCUCUUCUCCAACAUAGACCCCAUCUAUGAGUUCCAUCGAGGCUUUCUGAAAGAGAUUGAACAAAGGCUCUCACUCUGGGAAGGCAGAACCAAUGCUCACGUGAAAGGAGAUUUCCAGCGCAUCGGAGAUGUCAUGCUCAGGAAUAUGCGCAUCCUAAAGGAGUUCACCAGUUACCUGCAGAAGCACGACGAGGUCCUGACAGAACUGGAGAAAGCAACCAAGCGCCUCAAGAAGCUGGAGAUGGUUUAUAAGGAGUUUGAGCUGCAGAAGGUUUGCUACCUGCCCCUCAACACCUUUCUGCUCAAACCCAUCCAGAGACUGAUGCACUACAAGCUGAUUCUGGGUAGGCUGUGCAAGCACUACACGGCGGAGCACCGGGACUUUGCCGACUGCCGGAACGCGCUGAAGGAGGUCACGGAGAUGACGUCGCAGCUGCAGAACAGCCUUAUCCGCCUGGAAAACUUCCAGAAGCUGACAGAGCUGCAGCAUGACCUGAUUGGGAUAGACAAUCUCACAGCACCUGGCAGGGAGUUUAUUCGGGAAGGUUGCUUGUACAAGCUCACUAAGAAGGGCUUACAGCAGCGGAUGUUCUUCCUGUUCUCAGAUAUGUUACUGUACACAAGCAAAGGGGUCACAGGGACAAAUCAGUUCAAAAUCCACGGACACCUCUCUCUGCAUGGCAUGUUGGUGGAGGAGAGUGAGAAUGAAUGGGCCGUCCCACACUGCUUCACCAUCUAUUCUGCACAGAAAACCAUAGUGGUGGCAGCCAGUACCCGCCUGGAGAUGGGGAAGUGGAUGGAAGACCUAAACGUGGCAAUUGAAAUGGCCAAGAAAUCUACUGAGAAAUCCGAGAUGCUUCUGGAAAACUCUGUGUGCAACCGCUCCAACAAGCUUCCUCCUCGCUAUUUGCUGGGCCAGGCCCAACGGCCCAACACAAUCACCCAUGUUUGUUGGUACCGGAACCAGAGCCUAUCCCUGUCUGAUUACCUGUGCAUGAUCCAGAACCAGCUCUCUGGAUAUUUGCUGAGGAAGUUCAAGAACAGCAAUGGCUGGCAGAAACUGUGGGUUGUCUUCACCAACUUCUGUUUGUUUUUCUACAAAACGCACCAGGAUGAUUAUCCCUUGGCCAGCCUCCCGCUGCUCGGCUACACGGUCAGCUCCCCCGUGGAGGCGGAUGGGAUUCAGAAGGAUUAUGUCUUCAAGCUUCAGUUCAAGUCCCACGUGUAUUUCUUCCGGGCUGAGAGCAAAUACACCUUUGAGAGGUGGAUGGAGGUGAUCAAGAGAGCCACCAGCUCUCCAGCCAGGUCAAGCCUGCUGCUUCCCAAGGAGGAGAAGGACAGUCACACUGACUGACGCAGGGCAGAGCUGGAUCUCUGCUGGCAACACCAACAAAAGAGGCAGGUGGGAACAGGAGCCUCUGGAGUUGAUAAAGCAAAGACUCAAGGAGGCCUGUUUCCCCCGGUAUGGAAAGUGGGAGUGAGGGGGCUGCAGACGGGGAUCACAUCCCUUCCUGAUGGUAUGGAAGAAGGUCCAGUCUGUUCCAGUUGAACCUGCUUACAGAGAACCCAACAGCAGCGGUGCUCCGGUGCGCACACCUCGCGGAAGGGUUCUCGUUCCGUUGUACCUGUACAGUAACACCUUUACCUGCCCUGAAGGCCGGUGCCACCUUGUUUUUACAUUUUGACUGGAUGAUCAGCGUAUAUGGGAGAAACCCAGCAGCUGCCAGUGGUGUUGUGGCUCACAGCAGCGGGUGCCAGGGCUCGCUCACCUCUCCCAGCCAUCACCUGCCCUGUGUGCUCGGUGUCCCUGGUGCACAGCCCCUGUCCUGCUGCUGUCAAACGUCACCCUGCUGGCACAGCCGUCUCGGACUAAUGGGGACGCACAGAUGUGUUAGCUUACACACAGUUCAUUCCAAACAGGAACUGCAGCUCUCCUAAAACAGCUCUGCUCCUCAGGAGCUGCCACGGCAGCAGUUUCCCAGGGAAGUGGGAGAACUGGACCUCUGCUGAGCUGUCAAGGUGUCGGUGUAUUGUGGGUCGGUGCAGGGGGUGCAUGGUUUUUCCUCUGAACUCAAUCACUAUUCUCAUAUCACAGCUCCCGUUUCUUUGUCCUGUAGUAGGAAUUAUGUAAGGCACAGGAUGGCAUUCACUCUCCACUCUGGUGUGGGUGAUGUUUUCAAGGCAUUUAAGCACUAUAGGAGAACAAGCCUCUCUGAAAGUCACCGUUGCUUAUGCUUUUGUCAUGCAAAGACUUCUGAAAAUCCCUAUUCUUGCCUUUCAAUUUCGGGUGGGAUCCAUCUUCUGUUUCUCCUGAAGGUAUAAAAGUCACUGGAUUCCAGAUGGAGCAUUACCGUCUGUGAACUCUAUUAAAUCUCUGUAUUAAAUCUGAAAAGUUCGCAGCUCGUUCUGUUUUUGUAAAUCUGUCACCUGUGGGUGCCUCCACGGAAGGACUGAUACACGCUAAGUGCCACAAGAUGCCGUUGGACGUGGCUUUGAUGGGCUCUGGGGACUCUGCUUUAUAUUAUAUUAGAUAGAAAAGUGUUUGUGUACUAGCAGAAGGAACAAUGCAGUGGUGCAGUGAAAGCAAAAGGAAAGUGUUGCAUGUUGUGAGGAUGCAGGAAUGUGGAGGUCCCUGUGACAACGGGAAGGACAGAGGCCAGCACGUGCAUUCUGUUAUGGUGUCAAAAAUGCGGGAUGAGGACUGCAGGGAGGGGGAAUCCAGAGGGAUUUGUCUCACUUGGCAUUUGCAUCCUCGAGGAGUGACUGCAGAACCAGCCUUUGCCACCGCUGCCACAAAGACCAUUGUCCCAUCUAAGUUAAAUGUACUUAAUUUAUUAGCAUCUUCAUUUAUUAUUUUUUUAAUUACCUGUUGUAGGUGUAUUCAUGUGGAUUGAUUAGAUGUUAUACUGUGGCUGAAUAUGACUGUUCAAAGUAAAUAGCAUCUUGGUAUAAAA